CGGAGUCGAUGGCUGUGAGAUAGCACUUGUGUGAAGGAGUAAAUUUGUCAUAAUUGAUGAAUGCACUGAGCGGAUACUUGCUGAGCGUUUGGAAGGUAGUAUAUGUGACAUAAUCCUUCAGACGGGUGUUCGGUAUGCGUGCUCGUUGCCCACGACCAACUAUAGGAUCCGGUGUGGGUGCUGCCUCGUUGGCAGUGGUUGGUGCCUCGUCGGGUAGAUGGUCCGUCAGUGCAGUACUGGUGCUGCCUCCAGUGCUGGCAGCGCUGGACGACGUCAUGUCGCCCGCUGCUACGGGUGCGGUGUCUUCGGUUGCUGGAAGGGGCUCCGACGCUGGGUUGUCGGUGGCGGCGUCAAAGACCGUAGGUGCUGCAGCACCAGGUCGUCUUGGGGGCCGUGUGAUCAGAUCCUCCUCCAUUGGUAAUGGGCCGUCCGACACUGGAAUUGGUUGAUCGGUCUCUUUAUCUGAAAGGGUUAGAUAUGGAAAAAUAUUUUCCAAAAAAAUAACAUCACGGGAAACAAUUAUUUUCCCCGUGUCGGGGCAAUAAAUUCUCCAUCCCUUC